CCAUGUCGUUUCCUUGAUCAUAACACUUGAUCAUAACACUUGAUCAUAACACACACAACGUUGAAUACACGAGCCACCAUGGCACACUUGGAUUCAAGCUCGUGGCCCAGCUACGCUGAGAUCGAUCCCGAGUACAAGAAGGUCAGUCAGUUCCUCGAGACGGCUCCCCGCAGCUAUCCACUUCCAUCAGACCCUUCCCGGCUCCCAGCAAUGCGAGUGAACAUGAUGAUGAUGCAGCGCAAAGCCCCGCUUCAGCAGAUCGACAGAACUGGCGUGGCGCAAACCAGGGUUUGGAUAAUAUGUCGUGAUGGCCAUUCUAUCCCAGCCGCGGUAUACAAGCCGAGAACGCCAACUUCCGGACUUAUGGCUGUCCUUUUUCAUGGAGGAGGGUUCAUAGUGGGCGAUCCAGAGAUGGAAGCUCCAGCAGCAGUGGAACUCGUGCAGAAUCAUAGCGCGACUGUCAUCAGCGUCGACUAUCGCGUGGCGCCAGAGAAUCCAUACCCUCAGGCAGUCAACGAUGGCUUGGACGCGUUGAUAUGGGCCGCGCGUAAUGCGUCCUCCCUGGGAGCUGAUCUCAAGAAAGGCUUCCUCCUUGGUGGAUCCUCAGCAGGAGGCAACAUCGCUGCGGUUCUUUCCCACAUGGCCCGCGACACGAAGGCCUCGCCGCCUUUGACAGCCAUCUGGCUCAAUUGCCCCCUUACCAUCGGUUUCGAAGCCGUGCCAGAAGCGCUCAAGAAAGACUAUAAUUCCCUGGAACAGAACGCAGAUGCUCCAGUAUUGCUCAACAAGGAAGGCCUGAUGACAGCGUAUUCCUUCUACAAACCGAAUCAGUCAUCCCAAGUAUUCAGUCCGCUACUCUGGGAGUCGGGUCAUCAGGGUCUGCCGAAGACGCAAUUGCAUGUGUACGGGCUCGACCCGCUGCGCGACGAUUCAUUGCUCUAUGCUCGGGAGUUGGCUAAAGCGGGUGUCGACACGCGUGUGGAUGUCUAUCCAGGUGUGCCACAUGGGUUCGACUUCGAUGCACCGCAAUUGCAGCAAGCGGCAAAGUUCAGAGAGGAUCGGCAGAAGGCAUUUCAGUGGCUUCUGGGAUGAGCGCCUGGAAAGUCGGAAGAUUGGCAUGGUGUAGUCCAGAGCGAACCAACAAACGACAGUAAUAGCCAGGCUUACAGGACACAACGGCGA